UCGGAAUUCCAAAUCGGGGAACUCUAACCUCUUUCUAAACCUAAAGCUCAGACUUUCCGUCCUGAAGAUCACUGACGUCAUGAUUUUACCUCGUUUUUCCCGAUUUCCAGUUGUCUUGAAAGCUAGCUCUUUGGUGUCGUCACGAUUACGCAUGUGCCCGCUGCUGCUGACACGACAGAAAACAUGGCGCUCGAGGAACCAAAUGGAGAUUUUCCAUAUUUACCUUCAGGGGUGGCGGAGGUCAACAAAAUGAUAAAGGAGAAUGGUGACCUGUUUUCUGAUGCCCUGUGCAAAAUCUGCAGUGCUGUCCUGAAUUCUGACUCCCAGAAACUUGCACAUUAUCAGAGCAAAAAGCAUGCCAACAAAGUGAGACGCUACAUGAGCAUCCACAAAGAAGAGGAGCCCACCAUUAAAAGGUUCAAGUCGCCUUCGGGAGACAGUGCCAGCAGUAAUGGCGAGACGGACCGCUCCAAAGCCUGUCAUAUAUGUAACAUGACAUUCUCCUCUCCGGUGGUGGCUGAGUCCCACUACCAGGGCAAGGUGCACACCAAGAACCUGAGACUGAAGACCUUUGGCAACCAGACCCCAGUAGCACUACCUCAGGCCGUGGCCCCAGUGGUGAAAAAGAAGAAGAAGAAGAAGGAGGCUCAGUCAGAGGAGGCUAGCAAUGUGGCAUCGUCAGGCCCGGCCGAGGACGACCAGGGCAACUUCUGUUCCAUCUGCCAUGCCUUGUUCAACAACCCCCUCAUGGCCAAGCAGCACUACGAAGGCAAGAAGCAUAAAAAACAGCUGACCCAGCAGAAGCUUAUGGAGACCUAUGGGCCAUCCACUGCACCAGCUUCCACAGUAAAGGGCUACCCAUGUACUGUAUGCAACAUCGAACUGAACUCUGUGGAACAGUAUCAGGCACACAUCAGCGGCUCCAAACAUAAGAACCAUGUCAGAGGGAAGAAAGCGAGUAGCCCAAUGUUCAUCAGCCCAUCGGAAAACAAGUACACAGCAGAAAACCAGCAGUCAGAGUACCAGUAUACACCUGAAGCCGAACCAGUACAGGAGGACUGGGGUGCUUUCAGCCAAGAUUACGAGUGACGAGCCUCCCACUACACCCCCCAACACCACAGCUCCUUCAGCUAGGGCCAGAAGGAUCACCUGACCAGGAAAAGCUCUAGGUCCUUGUUACUAAUACAGGUUACAACUAGGAUCCAGAGGUUUUUUUUCUCUCUUUUUUUUCUGUUCAUGUCAGGAAAAAUCCCUGGACAGGGCAGCCUAUAUGUGGUGUUCUUUCUGUGGUGUUGUAUCUGCCUCAUGGAUGAAUCUCAACUCCAGCUCUAUAACAUUCUGUCUACUCUGUCUAAAUCCCAGUACAUGUUCACUACCGGUCAAAAGUUUUAGAACACCUACUCAUUCAAGGGGUUUUCUUUAUUUUUACUCUUUCUACAUUGUAGAAUAAUACUGAAGACAUCAAAACUAUGAAAUAACACAUGGAAUCAUGUAGU